CUCUGCUCCACGGGUAACGGAUCGGCCAAUCUGAACCAGCAGCUUGGGACGAAACAAGGGGCGUGAACAGCUGAUGGUGAGCCCCCGUCCGCCUUGCAUCUUAAAAAAAUAAAAAUAAAUAAAGAACUAACGAAAUUAAAUAGGAAUGAAUAAGCCUUUUUUGUAAUUAAAUCCACUGUUGUUCUGUUCCAACCACUUGAACACUUGGCUUCAUCAAUCACCCUCAGCCAUACUGACACAAAAAUAAUCCGUGAUAUUUAUCAAUAACCAACAAUUAACCGUGAGCCCUACCCAGCCAUCUACUUCAUUCGCAAAAUUACAAAAUCGUCAGAAUCAACGAUUACAAAGCUUCCGUUCGGAAGCAAAGCUGCGGGAAAAUGCUGACAGAACGAGUACCAGGGCACCGUCAGCUUCUCUUUUACUCCUCUUUCACGUGCAUUUACUUCCCCUGUAUCCUGAUCCUCCUGAAGCUCAAUGAAAACCUCUACAAUGUGGGGAAGUACAAGUUCAUCCCGAUCCUCCUGAUCCUGAUGUUCGCUGAGGGGAUAAAAUGGGCGUUCUCAGUCCUCUCGAGGGACCAGAACCACUUCGGAAAACUAGAAACUCGUUUCCCUCGCUCGAGGAAGCCCUGGGCCAGAGGCAUGAGGGAGAUCGUCAAGUUUCUGACGCUCCUGCUGAUGUUGUGUUCGAUCUACUACGUCCUGAUAAUCCUCUUCGGGGCUCCGCUGUCCACCCACAGAGAGGAAACCUCCAUGCUCGCCAUCACUCUGACUACCCUGACCUUCGUCACUCCCAGCCUCCACCUGGGGGUGGACCCCACUCUGGGAAUUCUUUCUCGCCUUCAGUUCUCGAGUAGUAACAAUGUCAUUGCAGAAGCUAUGAGCCUGAACAUCAAGGCGACACUCCUGGGGACGUGGCUGGGGGUCAUCGUCAUCCCUCUGGACUGGGACAGACCCUGGCAGGUCUGGCCCAUUCCUUGCGUCAUUGGGGCACUCGUGGGCUACAUGACUGCUCACUUCAUCACCCUCGUCAAGAUGCUGCCCAUUGGGGGUGUCUUGAGGUUGAAGAAGAAAAUCCAUAGAUAGUGAAUCCAGAAGUUUAAAAUUUUUUGGUUCACCAUCUACGGGUUUGGAGGGAAUCAACGACCAGUUGUUGAGUUGAGAGCAGAGUUGUUUGCAGUUAUUUAUAAUUUUGAAUAAGUUGAUUGUAAACUGAUUUUAAGAUAGCUCAGCCCCUUGGAGUUUUUACGCAUCAAACUUGUGAAUUAAAUUGAAUGAGUUAAGUUUGCAAAAAAAGUUUGAAGCUUCAAAAUUUAAAAGAAUGAUUGCCCACUUCACUCUUGCAAAGAUGUUGUGCACUGAGGUGUCCUCAGGUUGACUAAGAAAAUCCACAGAUAGUGAAUUCAGAAGUUUAUGAUUUUUUGGUUCACCAUCUAGGGUUUUGGAGGGGAUCAAGGACCAAUUGUUGAGUUGUUGAGAGUUGAGUUGUCUUCAGUUAUUUAUAAUUUUGAAUAAGUUGUUUGUAAAUUGACUUUAAGAUAGCUCAGCCCCUUGGAGUUUUAAGCAUCAAAUUUGUGAAUUAAAUUGCAUGACUAAAAUUUGCAAAAAAAUUUUGAAGUUUCAAAAUUUAAAAGAAAUGCGUGAUUGGGGCAUUCGUGGAUUACAUGAUUGCCCACUUCACUCGUGUCCAGAUGCUGCGCAUUGAGGUGUCUUAAGCUAGAAUAAGAAAAUCCAUAGAUAGUGAAUUCAGAAGAUUAAGAUUUUUUGGUUCACCAUCUAGGGUUUUGGAGGGGAAUCAACGACCAAUUGUUGAGUUGUCUUCAGUUAUUUGUCAUUUUGAUUAAGUUGAUUAUGAUUUGAUUUAAGAAUAGCUCAGCCCCUUGGAGUUUUUAAGCAUCAAAUUAGUGAAUUAAAUUUCAUGAGUAAAAUUUGUAAAAAAAUUUGAAGCUUCAAAAUUGGAAAGAAUUCUUCAAAACUCGUGUGAUUGGGACAUGGGUGGACUAAAUAACUGCCCACUUCACUUUUGUCAAGAUUGUCAAUGCUGCGCAUUUAGGUGUCUUGAGGCUGAAUAAGAUGAUCCGUAGAUAGUGAAUGGAGAAGUUUAAAAUUUUUCGGUUCACCAUCGAGGGUUUUGAAUGAAAUUAACAGCCAAUUCUUGAGUUCUUAAAAGUUGACCUGUUCUUAGUUAUUUGUAAUUUUCUUCAAGUUAAUUAUGAAUUGAGCUUAAGAAUAGCCCAGCCCCUUGGGCAUUUUUAAUAAUGAAAUUUGUCAAUUGAAUUGCAUGAGUAUAAUUUUUAAGGAAUUUUUCAAACUCGAAAAUUUGAAAGAAUUCUUCAAACCUUGCGUCGUUGGGGCACUCUUCAUUGGGGGUUUAGAGUUGUUUCUAGAAGUAAUUUGAAUUUUGUCGGCCCCAUUGUGAAUAUCGCUAUGACACUAAGAGAAAAACGACAGAGUUCUCAAACAAGUUUUACUUGCGGCAGAAAAAAAUUUUUUUUACAGUUUUAAAUU